GUUACGUACAAUCGAGUGGCUCGGGGAAUGCUGCAUAAUGAUCAGAUUACUUUUGCCCUGUUAAUCACACGAAUCUUUCUGCGCGGUCAAAUUGCUGCCGGAUCGGGAAUGAGUCUCGAGGCCGAGUUCAACUGUUUCUUGCUUGGACAAGAGGCAGCCGCCACAGGCGAUGCGGCAAAUAAAUUUGGCCCUUCCAAAUUAACAGGAGUCGCCGAUACCGGCAAUUUUUUAAGCUUGGAACAGAUCCAAGCCGUUACUCGGCUAAGGCGGACACUACCUGCUUUUUCAAAUCUUGACAAAAUGCUUGCAGCUGAAGAAGACGAAAUUAUAGUUUGGCUAGAUAAAGUGGCACCUGAGACCGAAGUGCCUAUUCUCUGGGACGUGGUUCCAUCUAUUUCACAAACCAGCCAUCUCUCUAAUAUAGUCACUGCUCUACACAGUCUUUUGAUCAUCCAAGCCCUUCGACCAGAUCGCCUGAUAGCUUCUACUCAUCGCCUGAUAAUGGCAGCCUUAGGCGAGAACUUCAUGGAUAUGGCAAGACGACAUCUUGACCUGGCUGGCAUUGUAGAAAAUGAAAUAAAGCCAAGCGUACCGAUUCUUCUAUGUGCUGCACCCGGCUUUGAUCCUAGUGGACGAGUUGAAGACUUGGCCAGUGAGCAGACUCGCCAGCUAACGGGCAUCGCAAUCGGCUCGACAGAAGGCUUUCUGCAGGCUGACCGGGCCAUUAAUUCUGCCGCUAAGACCGGCAAGUGGGUCAUGCUUAAAAACGUCCAUCUUGCUCCCGGAUGGCUGGUGCAACUGGAGAAGAAACUGCACAACAUCCAGCCGCAUCCUGGCUUUCGACUCUUCCUCACUAUGGAGAUCAGCCCUAAAAUUCCCGUUAACCUUCUUCGGUCGGGUCGAGUAUUUACAUUUGAGCCGCCUCCUGGAAUUAAGGUAUGCAGUCAAAUUGUAUGCGCGUGA